GUCCCGUCCCACCCCCGCCCGGCGGGCGGAGCCGGGCCCGGCCGACAAGAUGGCGGCGGCGCUGAGGGCGGGCAGGGUAUGGGGGCUGGUGACGGCGGCGCCCGGCCUCGCUUUUACUCGUUCCGCGUUUGUUGCGAGAAAACGUAAUUAUGCCCAACCAAACUGGCUGGGAGUCGGCUUGGCGUUUGGCACCUCUGCUGCCUUGUGGGCUUUUCUUAUCAACCAGCAUAAUGAAGAUGUAAUGGAAUAUGAGAGAAGACAAAAAGAGGGACACCACAAGUGUACAGAAUGCUCAUAGUUGAUGAUGUGCUCAGUAAGAAGUAACGUGAUCACCGGUUGUCCUACAAAUAAGUGAGCACAGCAGGAGUACAGUUAUGUAAUUACUUGUAUGUUCAUACAUUUCAUGUGCAUAAAUAUGAAAUAAAUUAUAAAGCCUAGAAAAAACUU